UAAAGUUGCGCAUGCGCAGUAGACGCGAACCAAGCCUAAAAUCCAAAAUGGCCGGAGCCGAGGGAGACGAUUCUCUGUAUCCUAUUGCUGUUUUAAUCGACGAAUUAAGGAAUGAAGAUGUCCAGUUGCGCUUAAACAGCAUCAAAAAGCUGUCGACUAUUGCCUUGGCCCUGGGCGUCGAAAGGACACGCACAGAGCUCCUACCAUUCCUUACUGACACUAUUUAUGAUGAGGAUGAGGUACUUCUUGCCCUGGCUGAGCAACUGGGGAACUUCACCAUGCUGGUCGGAGGGCCAGAAUAUGUGCACUGCCUCCUGCCACCGCUGGAAAGCCUGGCCACUGUGGAGGAGACGGUGGUUCGAGACAAAGCUGUAGAGUCACUGCGCAAGAUCUCCCAGGAGCACUCGCCUGUAGACCUAGAGGUGCACUUUGAGCCACUGGUGAAACGACUGGCCAGCGGCGACUGGUUCACCUCCCGCACCUCCGCAUGCGGCCUGUUCAGUGUCUGCUACCCACGUGUCUCCAGCACCGUCAAGGCCGAGAUUCGCCAGUACUUCCGCACCCUUUGCUCUGAUGAUACGCCCAUGGUGAGACGUGCUGCUGCUUCCAAACUGGGAGAGUUUGCCAAGGUGUUGGAGCUGGACUAUGUAAAGAAUGACAUCAUCCCACUUUUUACAGCACUGGCAUCUGAUGAGCAGGACUCUGUGCGGCUUCUAGCAGUUGAAGCUUGCGUUAGCAUCGCCACACUGCUGCCUCAGGAAGACUUGGAGGGUCUUGUGAUGCCCACCCUGCGCCAGGCUGCCGAGGAUAAGUCAUGGAGGGUGCGCUACAUGGUAGCAGAUAAGUUCUCUGAGUUGCAAAAAGCAGUGGGUCCAGAAAUCACCAAGAACGACCUCGUCCCAGCAUUUCAGAGUUUACUGAAAGAUUGUGAGGCAGAGGUGCGGGCAGCAGCUGCUAAUAAGGUGAAAGAAUUCUGUGAAAAUUUGCCAGAAGACAGCCGGGAGAAUAUAAUCAUGAAUCAUGUCCUGCCUUGUGUGAAGGAGCUGGUGUCAGACACAAAUCAGCAUGUGAAGUCUGCCCUGGCCUCUGUCAUCAUGGGCCUCUCUACUAUCCUGGGCAAGGACAACACCGUGGAGCAUCUGCUCCCUCUUUUCUUGGCCCAGCUGAAGGACGAGUGUCCUGAAGUGCGUCUGAAUAUCAUCUCCAACCUGGACUGCGUGAACGAGGUGAUAGGCAUUCGCCAGCUUUCUCAGUCCCUUCUGCCUGCUAUUGUGGAAUUAGCGGAAGAUGCCAAAUGGAGGGUCCGUCUGGCCAUCAUCGAAUACAUGCCGCUGCUGGCAGGCCAGCUGGGAGUGGAGUUCUUUGAUGAGAAGCUGAAUUCUCUGUGCAUGGCAUGGCUGGUAGACCAUGUUUACGCAAUCCGGGAGGCGGCCACCUGUAACCUGAUGAAACUGGUGGAGAAGUUUGGAGCAGAAUGGGCUCAGAACACCAUCGUGCCCAAAGUGCUCGGCAUGGCUAAUGACCCCAACUACCUGCACAGGAUGACCACUCUCUUUUGCAUCAAUGCCCUUUCUGAGGCAUGUGGGCAGGAGAUCACCACCAAGCACAUGCUGCCAAUUGUCUUAAAAAUGUCCAACGACCAGGUUGCCAACGUGCGCUUCAACGUAGCCAAAUGCCUACAGAAAAUCGGACCAGUUGUAGACAGCAACUCCCUGCAGACGGAAGUGAAGCCGGUUUUAGAGAAGCUUGCCACAGACCAGGAUAUGGAUGUGAAGUACUUUGCUCAGGAAGCUUUAAGUGUUCUUGCCCUGGCCUGAUGAUCUCUCCUCGGAUUCACCGUAACAACCAUGACGAAGCAAAACUUGUCGCAUUCUAUUUAUUGGUGAAUUUUUUUGAAUGGUUGUGUAUUAACGUCUGUGUAGCUCGUAUUUACUCUCGAAGAUAUUGAAUGAUCAAAGGGUGCACCCAUGUUCGUGCUGUAAAUCUCUGCUUCCACCACAGUGACACUGGAGUUAGGUAAUGCAUGAUGGAUAGCGUGUUCUGGAGUUCUCUCGUAUAAAAAAAGUUCCAAUUGGGCGUGGCUGCAGCGAGGAGAACUCAAAAAUGUGCAGAGCAGAACGACAUAAGGACCAGGAUUAGAUAAAGCAUUUAGCACAGGAACACACUCAUGCAUUUUCAGUAACGUGGUCAGUAAUCUGAUGAUAAAAAAAAACGUACUGACCAUUUUAGUAAUUUAGUCUCGCAUGUUCUGUAGUAAAUUAAUUCUCUGUGAGUAAAAUCCUCCCAGCUACCUCUGUCCUCUUUUAAGAGCCGUUUCUUAGCUAAAAUCCAGGACACGUCCACUUUGAAGCCACGCUUUCUCCUUGAUGUGAAAUGCCAGCUGGUUUGUCUUUUUCUUUCUGCGCAUGGUGCUCCACGUUUCAACUCGGGACCAUUGCAUUGUGUGAUUUCUUCUGGGACAGACUUCCUCCUCGUCAGUUUCGCUAGUUAAAUUCGUGUUUUUGUUCGGUGCUCUUUCUUUCAGCCGUCUGAUUCUUACGUGACAGUGAUGCCUAGGAAUGUAUGUAGUUUUUUUUUUUUUGUUGUUUUUAGUUUUGUUUAGGUUUAAAAUGUUCUUUUCCUUCGGUGGAAAUGACCGUUGGGUUUCAGUGUAAAGUGAAAUGUACCUCCCGUAUCGCAGUAAGCAGACGAGAAAGCUCUCUCUCUUGUGCCCGCACUGAGUACGAACAAUCUUCAGAAUGCGAGGCGAAAAUCCCUGUCCAACAUCAGCACUCUGAUUAAACAGCGGGUCAUAAACAUAGCUUAAGCGCAACCUCUGGAAGGCUGUUAAGUUCUUUUAAAGGGGACAGUGGGAAACGGAUGUGCUAUUUUACCAGUUUAAACGACCAUCGCAUCAGAUCCUGAGUAAACUUUUUUUUUUCUCUAAGUAUCAUGAGGAGCCCCUUUUUAAACUAUUUACUGUACUUUUGGAACCAAAUAAAAAUCAAUAAACAUGGAUCCUCUUCAAUUCGA